AUGUUGGCAGCGCAAGAACCCGAAAGUGGUGGUGCUCCAAACCUCUUCUUUUUUGGCUUGCCUGGUGUGGGAAAGACGCACUGUGGAGAAGUCCUGCAUCAAGAUUUUGGAUACGACUUUCAUGAUGGUGAUAGCUGGUUGCCGGAAGAUCUGAAGGAAUCUCUUGCGAAUGGGCAUGGAUUCACGGAUGAGCAGCGCGAUCGAUUUGCAGAAGAAAUCUCGCGCUGCAUUUUCCAAGUUAAGGCCACCGAAGUCGAGCUAGCUGCGAAAGAAGGCCGCCUUCGCAGACCGAUUGCGAUUGCACAGGCAACGUUUAAGCGACGACACAGAGAUCUUAUACGUCGAGCUCAUCCAGAUCUGGUUUUCGUUUGGGUUCAGGCAGCUGAGAACUCGCGGAUGCGUCGUCUGCGCGAAAGGGACAACGUCGUUGACACAGCCCUGGGCAGCCGCAUGGCACGUGAUUUCGAGCCUCCAGAGCAAGAAAAACAUGUUGUUCUGCUAAAUGAUUUGGAUGACGAACCGGUGGAGGAUGCAUUUCGAAAUAUGCUGGACCAAGCCAUGAGGACGAGAAAGAUCGCAGUUGUCAUGAUCGCUUGGGUGCCUCCAGUGCGAUGCUUUGCGCGGCAUCCCAUGCCUCAUUCAGACAUGCAUCUCAGGAGCUCCAUCUUGACAGGAGCCUGCCGGGAGAUGUUUGCGAUAGCAUUGACCGGAACAGAAGCCUCCAGUGCAGGCGGCAAGCAGUAUGCAGUACUGUUGAAAGCCGAAGUGUCAGUGGCCACUAUGACCGUUGUAGUGGACGAGCACGGCAACACAGCUGUCAUGAUCGCUGCCCGUGAAGGCCAUCAAAAGGUAGUGGAAGCCAUAGUUGCCGCAGGGGCGGAUCUCUCGAUCAAAAAUCUUGCGGGACAGACGGCAGCUGAGAUUGCCAAAACGGAGGAGAUCCGCGCCGUCAUCGCGAAAGGUGAAGCGCAAGCAGAAGCGAUCUUGAGGUCUAUCCUGGCAAUGGGCGGUAUGGGGGGUACGGAGACGGAAGCUGCGGGAAGCAAGUCAUCUGGCUUGGGCCUUGGGCACUCGUCAGCACUCUGCGAUACUCAGCCCAUUGCUGCACAAGCUCUGAAUUUCGCACUUCAGGCCUUCCACAGCUACCCAAAGAGCUGGCCGCACUUGCUGCGGGCAUGGAUGUCAAGCUCUGUGCCGAAAGUCCUUUUUGAGAUAAGCGGACAGCUUCUGGCCAGGCUCACCAUCGGGACGUCUCGAUUCUCUACAAUCCGGGGAGGCCGGAUCGAGGACGGCAGGCUGCGGGCCUUGGUUGUUCAUCCCAGGCUUCCAGGGGCGAAGGAAGCACUGUUGUCAUGGGAUGCAUCAGAGGCAGUUUCGUUGGCAAGAGCUGCUGGCUGGGACACUGGGGCACCCUGGCAAGACACAGGUGAGGCGGCAACUUCUUCAAGCGAGGAGGAAGACUCUAACGAGCUUUCGGGCGAUGUUGAUGCCAUCGACGACAUCGGUGCCUACAUUGCCCGGCUGGAAAGAGUUGACCCACGCUUCUUUUUCCACCUCAAGGAGCUUUGCCGCGUGGCGGUGCAGGUCGCGCGGCAUGGAGCUGACCUCCUUUUCGUGAAUGCCUCCUUGUCACCGGUUCAGCAAAGACAUUUGGAGGCUGCCAUGGACCUCGCCUGGCGUGCCCAACGGCAGCAGCAGAAAUACGACAUGGGCGCCUCCGACAUCAACCAGUCAAGAAUUGCGGUCUUUGAUCGUGCGCGAGUGGUCUUGGCCAUCUUUGCGAAGAGAGCCUCCUCGACAGUAGCAAGAUUGGGCAUUGAGCUGGCAGAGGCCCAGGAGGUGAAGGCCAAGCUCGGGGCAGGGAUGGUGUCGGGAGUGACAUCGCAACUGCAGCAAGUUGCUCAUGCACUUGGCAGACUUCCAGGAUGUGACAAAUUGGCUCUUCUGCCACGAAGUGCCGGUGCACGUGGUGUCACAACUUCGUUCACGUCGUCCCCGCAGAUCACGCGGCAGAAGCAGCAGCGGGCCAUCGACGAGAAGCGGAGCCGGCUUCGCGAGGAGAUUGCGCGACUGCAAUCGGCUCGUGGUAGCCGCCGUCAGCAGCGUGCCCGUGACGAGAGGCAAACGAUUGGUCUGGUGGGUUAUACCAAUGUUGGAAAGAGCUCCAUCGUCAAUCGUCUCACGAGCUCCGAUCUCCUCGUGGAGGACGGUGUUUUCGUAACCCUGGAUGUGGCAUCCCGUCGCUGCGUGCUGCCAUCUGGCCGGGAGUGCUACGUGUUGGACUCCGUCGGCUUGAUUCAGGGCUUGCCGAUUAAUGUCUGUGAAGCCGUACAGGCGACCGUGCAGGAGAUGCAUGAAGCAGAUGUGGUUCUGCACGUGCGGGAUAUUGCACAUCCUGCCCGAGAGGAGCAGGCUGAAUUGGUGCGAGAGGUGCUGGCAGAUGCGAAGAUAGACAUGGACAGGGUCGUCGAGGUUUGGAACAAGGCAGACCUAGUGAUGCAGAAGGAGGUGCGCCACCUCCAUUAUCUGCACCAACAGAAGGACCCAACGCCAGUUUACACAGUCAGCGCCCUGACAGGCUCCGGUUUCCCCAAACUCUUGGAUGGCUUGCAGAAAAUGAUGGAGGACUUGGCAAUCAAAGCUGUGCCUGGCUUCGAGUCCUCCACCGCUGUUCAGGUUCCACAAAGUGGAUGGUGCACUGUUCGGAUGCCGCAAGAUCUGUCCAAGAGUCAGGCUUCCGAUCUGUGGGCCUUCCUCCACAGCGACGCAGCUGCAGAUACAUCUGUCAACACUGAUGAGGUCACAGGAGAAGUCCUGGUCACGGUCCGAAUGAGCGAUUCUGCAAGAGCCAGGUUUUUGAAGAGAUUCGGACCUGGCAUGCUCACCUGA